UCGGUUCGGUCCUUCUCUGUUGGCCUGCUCUGUGUCCAGCGGGCUGGGAGCGUUCAUUUAACCGACACCUGCGACAACAAACAAUCUAAACGAGGUGUUUUGUUUCACCGGCGAUAAAAGGAUGGAUGUAGCUGGGGACCAGGCUUGUUAUUAACAUAUUUUGUUAUGAUGACUGACACGGUAAUGUUGCUGCCUCCCUCAGAGAAACUGCCAGUUUCAGGCUGAGUUUUCGGCAUGACAGGAAUGAAUAUAUAUAUGCAACAAGUGUCCAUAACUCUUUUAAAAGUCAACAUCUCAUUACCUUGCUAUCAAGAUUUCCCAUACAGAUUUUCAAAUGAAAAUGGAGGAUAUGCCCCUGUCAGGCCCAGACAACACCAGGCUGGAGGCCUUGGUCCAUGACAUCUACUCUGAGCUGGUGGAAGAUGCCUGUUUGGGCCUGUGUUUCGAGGUUCACCGUGCUGUGAAACAGGGCUAUUUUUUCUUGGAUGAAACGGACCAAGAGAGCAUGAAGGAGUUUGAAAUAGUGGAUCAGCCAGGUGUUGACAUAUUUGGCCAGGUGUACAAUCAGUGGAAAAACAAAGAGUGUGAAUGCCCGAACUGCAAAAGAUUGAUAGCAGCUUCUCGCUUCGCCCCGCACUUGGAGAAAUGUCUCGGCAUGGGACGCAACAGCAGUCGCAUCGCCAACCGCAGACUAGCCAGCAACAAUAACAUGAGCAAAUCAGAGAGUGAUCAGGAAGAUAAUGAUGACCUCAAUGAUAACGACUGGUCGUACGGUGCAGAAAAAAAAGCCAAAAAGAGAAAGUCAGAUAAGAAUCAAAAUUCCCCAAGAAGACCCAAAUCUCUAAAACACAAAAAUGGUGAGCUUGGGAGCAGCGUCAGUUCAGAGCCUUACAAGUACAACUAUAACACUGGCAUCAGUUAUGAAACUUUAGGCCCCGAUGAAGUCCGAUCCCUUUUAACAUCGCAAUGUGGGGUGAUCUCUGAGCACACCAAGAAGAUGUGUACCAGGUCUCAUCGAUGUCCCCAGCACACGGACGAACAGAGGAGGGCCGUCAGGCUGUUCCUUCUGGGGCCGUCCGCGCCAACGCUGCCUGAUGCAGACGCUGUGGUGGAGAGCGACAGCUUUGACAUUCCAGAUGGACCGACCCUGAUGAGCCGCCUGCAGUGGGAAGACUCCCCUGAUAUUUCACCCAGUGACUCGGCCUCAUCUAAAGCCAGCACCAACCAUUCAGAUUCUAGGAGGCCCAAGAAAAAGAAGAGGACUUCUCUCGGUUUGAACAGUGGAGUAGUAGGAGGAGGAGGAGUAGUAGUAGUAGGAGUAGGAGGAGUAGGAGGAGUAGGAGGAGUAGGA